AUGGCCACCACCGUCCCCACCACCACCCUCGCCGCCGCUGCCUCCCUCGCCGCAUCCACCACAGACCACGCCAAGCCACCUAAAGCCACACCAAGCCACGCCAAGCCACACCAAGCCAAGCCAAGCCACACCAAGCCACGCAUAGUCACACCAAGCCACGCCAAGCCACACCAAGCCACACCAAGCCACGCCAAGGCACACCAAGCCACGCCAAGGCACACCAAGCCACACCAAGGCACGCCAAGUCACACCAAGCCACACCAAGCCACACCAAGCCACACCAAGCCACGCCAAGCCACACCAAGCCACGCCAAGCCACACCAAGGCACACCAAGCCACACCAAGCCACACCAAGCCACGCCAAGUCACACCAAGCCACACCAAGGCACACCAAGCCACACCAAGGCACACCAAGCCACGCCAAGUCACACCAAGCCACACCAAGCCACACCAAGCCACGCCAAGUCACACCAAGCCACACCAAGGCACACCAAGCCACACCAAGCCACGCCAAGCCACGCCAAGCCACACCAAGCCACACCAAGCCACGCCAAGCCACACCAAGCACACCAAGCCACACCAAGGCACACCAAGCCACGCCAAGCCACACCAAGCCACGCCAAGUCACACCAAGCCACGCCAAGGCACACCAAGCCACGCCAAGUCACACCAAGCCACGCCAAGCCACACCAAGCCACGCCAACAGUGCCAGCAGAGGCUUCCCCCAGCUCGGGGUGCAGCUCGGGGGCCUCCUCUUCUGCAGCAGUGCCAGCAGAGGCUUCACUCAGCUCGGGGUGCAGCUCGGGGGCCUCCUCUUCUGCAGCAGUGCCAGCAGAGGCUUCCCAGCCUGGGUGCAGCUGCAGCAGUGCCAGCAGAGGCUUCACUCAGCUCGGGGUGCAGCUCGGGGGCCUCCUCUCCUGCAGCAGUGCCAGCAGAGGCUUCACUCAGCUCGGGGUGCAGCUCGGGGGCCUCCUCUCCUGCAGCAGUGCCAGCAGAGGCUUCACUCAGCUCGGGGUGCAGCUCGGGGGCCUCCUCUCCUGCAGCAGUGCCAGCAGAGGCUUCACUCAGCUCGGGGUGCAGCUCGGGGGCCUCCUCUUCUGCAGCAGUGCAGAAGGAAGGAGGAGGAAGAUGGAGUAUCCGAGGAUGUUCAAGGGAGGGACGUGA